AUGCUCGGAUUACUAGGUACUCCUUUGGAAUGUGCAUUUUCAGUUCCUUUAAUGCUGUACAAUCCACAUCUUGAAGCUAAACAGCUCCAUGGUCAAUUUACCAAUAUGGAUAUUUUGCCGACUAUUAUGGAUAUAUUGUUGUCGUCGAUAACGCCUACUCAGCGAAUGGCGAAUCAACUAUUAUCUGUACCAACUCAUCAUCUACAAUCGAUAUUAUCUCGAUAUGAAGGAACAUCAAUCCUACGAAUGCCACUUGAGAAACAACCUGUUCGAUACACAUUUCAUUUGGCAAAUCCUGGUAAUUCUUAUAUCAUUGUUAAACAAUAUCCAAAAAAACUUACCUAUGAUAUUGCAAAUGAUGACGUGCAUCUAUAUCAUCUUGUAUAUGAUCCCUUUGAAUUAGUUGAUUUAAUCAAUCUCGAUUAUAAAAUUACAGCUGCACAUCCAUCAUGGGCCAAUGCAUCUAUUGGAAAAUAUUGGAUGCGAACAUGGAAAGGGCGUUGGACCAAUGAAUACUUAAGUAUUACAAAUCAUCAUGAACUUUUAUUGACGAAUAAAAGCUCAGUGUCAUUGUCAACACCGAAUGCUAUGAAUAAUGGGAAAGUGCAGUUGAAAGAUAUGUUAGAUUGGGCAGAUCAGACAUUGGAAUUGGCUCGUUUUUGGAAAAAUCUUGUGAUACAGCGGUACCAUUACGAAAGUGAAAUAUUCAAUUAUAAUACGAAUUAA